AUGGCUCUUAAGAUCUUCAUCACUGGCGGGACGGGCUACAUUGGAGGUAUCGUCCUCGACACGCUCGUGAAACUGCACCCAGAAUAUGACAUCGCAGCGCUGCUGCGCAACCCACCUUCCAGCUUCGCCACGCUCUACCCAGACGUCAAAGUCGUGCGCGGCGACUAA